AUGCCGCACCACUCAAUCUAUUUCACCCGGGGUAUACCCCGAAGUACCGUCCCCGCAUUCACAGGCGACUCCAAACAGGUAGUUCACCUCGAAGCGCUGGCAGAGCAGCUAUACCAACAAUAUACCUUUGGUCUGGCCCAAUCAUCCACAUCCACAUCCAAUGGGGGGCAGGAAACGGGUAAUUUUGUUACGCAUGGCCAUACGAUGUUUGAGCAGAGGGAUGAUUUGGGCUGGGUUCCCCACGAUGAUGAUGUCGUCGGCGAGGUCGCUCUGGUUACGCCUACUUUCACGAAACCGAGACCGACGAAUAUUUGUUUGUCUAAUGGGGUUACUUCUUUGUCUGCGUCUGCGCCUUCUAAGACGGUGAGGUCUGUUCCUCCGGUGGAUACGACUGCGUCUACGGUUGUGAAUAUGAAUGUGUCCGCUCAGGGAAUAUCUACGUCUGUGCAUGCGACUGUUCCUCCUCAGGAAACACCUGCUCCUGUGAAAUCUGCUGCAUCACCUCAGGGAAUUCCUACUCCUGCGACAACCACUUCACCCCCUCAGAAAACUCCUACGCCUGUGGAUUCUACUUCACCUGCUCCAAAAACCUCAGUUCCAGUGGAUACCCCCAAACCUGCUCAGAAAACUCCUGCUACGGUGACUGUCAUAAAGCCUCUUCAAGUUGCGCCUCAAGCGCCUAGAGUUUCUCGAGAGAAGGCUUCCAAAGCCGCUCUCCCGGCAUCUGCUCGAAAAGAGGAUCUGCGAAGGAGCGUCGCACUCCUGAAUGCAAGCAGAACUCACGAGAAGACAAAACCUGCGACGCAAGUCACCAGUCAAGCUCAUAUCAAAGCCACCAAAACAACAACCUCAUUACAUAUCCCGGACUCCCAAGCAUCCAUGUCUUCUUCGGAGUACCGACCAUCCUCUCCAUCUUCGCAGUCUUCCCGAUCACCUACUCCGCAGUCACCGCCUCAGGCCACAUCCCCAGGUACACGGCGAUCUAGACGGGCUCGAGCAGAACCCGUGACAUACAAUUUGAAGACACUCUCUUCCAAAAUCCAUGACUCUCCGAAUCAGUCUGAAAGAGAGAAUUCUCCUGCUGUAUCCAGGUCUCCCCCACCUACGGCAUCUCCACGUCCUUUGCUGCAGUUGCGUCAACCCUCACAAGCUUGUCGGUCCUCACAAGGCCGCCCGACAUUACAGGACUUUCCAAAAGAAAUACAGGAGCCGCCUGACCCUGAGAAAGACCCCAAGCUUGCGAAACCCAAGCUUACGAAGCUUCUGUGGGCUCGAGAACUUCAAGGCGCCAAGCCUACUCACGACCUUGUUCGGUCAUUAGUGAGCUCGAAUCUGAAGCCCUGGAAGACUUGGAAGGGUGCCUCUGGUGACGUGAGUGCCCUCGCGUGGUCGCCUAAUGGUGGAAAAUUCGUGACCGGGGCCUCUGCCAAGUCUGAUGUGUACAAUCGCCGAAAUACCCUGCUAUUCGGUGAUAUCUCACGGAAUGUCUUGCAUGAACUCCCAGAUCAUAAUAUCCCCCAGACAAUCAAUGCAACCACGGCGGAUGAUCUUCAAUUCCCGACUGUCUCAACUGUCAAGUGGGUCCAUCGGCAGCUCUAUACUGGGAGCUACGAUCACACAGUGAAGGUUUGGAACACUGAUCCUAUCACUUCUCCUGUUACCCCCACCUGCCUUGCUACACUGCGACACGACUCCAGUGUACGAGUGAUGGAUGUUUCAGAAUUCAUGCCUCAUCUCGUGGCCACGGGAACAGAGAGUUCAUUCACCUUGUGGAACCUGCUUGAUCAAUCUCUGACUCCUGAGCCUCUUCAAAUUCAUCGUGAUCCUCGCCAGAAGGCUAAUGUCGUCCUUGAACCGACGGUCCUGGGGUGGGGACAAAAUGAGGCAACCAAGCACUACCUUGUCGGAGGUAUGACUGAAGCUGCCACGAGUGAGUUUAAGGUCCCACUCUGUGGUCACCUCGCUCUGUGGAGGGUGACGGAAGCUUCAAUUGAGCCAUGCAGAGUCAGACCGGACUCGCAAAACAUCUUCGAUCUGAAGUGGCAUCCCACUUUGCCAAGGUUCGCAAUAGGAAGUACCUACAGUCAGUCCAUGAACCUGCCUUUGCGGUCCAAAUCCGUCGUUCAACUUUUCGACAUCGAGUCCGAUGGCAGGGCUGUGGUGACCGGGAAAUACGCCUGCUCAGCGAUGGAUAUGAACGAAGUGACUUUCUGUCCCAUGGAUUCUACCUUUCUCACAGCAAGCUGCACAGAUGGGAGCACCUAUGUGUGGGAUUCCCGGUUCGACUCCAAACCUAUCCACAAGCUGUCUCACGGUAACUCGGUGACCCCGCUUCCCGCAGGACACUCCCGAGAGGUCACCGAUUUCGGAGUCAAGAUGGCGCUAUGGGGCACGACCAUGGAUCAAUUCUACACUGGCGGAUCCGACGGAGUCCUCAAACAAUGGGAUAUUCGUCGUGCAACGGAGGAUGCAUUAGUGGCCAAUGUUGCAAACCUGGGAGAUGGCAUCACAAGCGGAGCAUUCUCCCCAGAUAAGUCACAGCUCCUUCUCGGAACGAACGGCGGCGCAGUUCAUGUGCUGUCUUGUGAGCAUUCGGAAGAGGAAGCAGUGGAUUUCGAUUUCAAGCAUGCACCAGAGCCACCGUCUUCGGAUGCACCUGGGAUUCUUCUUGCCAAGGAGUAUCUUUCCUCGGGGCAGCUUAUCCUACAUCCGGUCUUUGGUCCAGUUCAAGGGCCCAAGUACAACGGCCCCUAUGCACCUUGGGCUCGCGAUCUCCCUGAGACCGUCACCAAUGAAAAGCUCAAGCGCACUCCGCUGUUGAGCGAGUAUCAGCUACGCCAAUUCGAUGGACCACCCCUUGAUGAGCGGCGCGGACUCGACCCUAAGGUACGCAGAGAAGUCCAAAGCCAGUUCAAUCUGGCCCGUGCCCGUCAUGCACGUCGCGGUGGACCAGGGGCCCUGUUAAAUAGCGGCGAUAAUGCUCUUAAGCGCAAGCGUGAUAGCUUGGUUGAAUUCGGCGGCAUUGACAAGGAUAGCCAAGCCCGCAAGAAAAGGAAAAAGAAGAAGGACAAGCUUAGGAAGCAUCGCAAGAACUCUCAUGUCAUCACGAGGAUUGAAGAAUCGAUCAUUGAUCUGACCAUGGAUUCGGAUUCGGAGCUGGUCACUGCAACCUCUGUGGCUACUCCGGUGCCUGUGCCUGUGCCUGUGACCACCCCUAUGACUGCGCCUGUGGCUGUGGCUGCUGAGACCGACGACUUGACUAUGGAAGCCAGUGUUGAGCUACUUGAAGGGUCACUAAAUCGGGCACUUUCUCUCUCUCCUAUGCUGAAGGUAUUGGACGAAGAAUCGGAUGGCGAGGACUAUUGGUGGCCUGAUAGCAGACUUGUUGAUGCCAACCUAGCUGGUUCUGACCUCUGA